AUGCCUCCGCAGCAGCAGGCCCCGCCUCAGCAGCAGCAGUAUGCGCCCUACUCGCCAGCGCAGCAGCAGCAGGGGCCGCCGCCUCAGCAGCAGCAGCCGCAGCAGCAGCAGCAGUACGGGGGGCCCUAUGGCGGCCCGCCGCCAGCGAGCGUCGCGCCACAGGCCGCCAUCGCGCAGGCGCAGCAGUUGGCACAGAGUUUUGUUUACGCCCACGAGCAGCAACAGCAGCAACAGCAGCAGCAGCAGCAGCAGCAGCAGCAGCAGCAGCAGCAGCAGCAGCAGCAGCAGCAGUUGGCUGCUCCCGCUCAGCAGUAUGGCGGGGGCGUGGGCGGGGGCGGCUUCGGCAACCAGGCGGCCGCCUACGGCGCGCCCCCGCCCGGCGCGCUGGCCGCGGCGCCUCCGCCGGCGCUGGGCGCGACGGUCAGCCUCAUGGUGGCCCCAGCGCCCGCGCCCGAGCCGAUCGUGGCCACGCGGCUGGUGCUGGCGCCGUCGCAGGCGGCGGCGCUGACGCACGAAAAGCUGGAGCAGAUCAAGAUGCUGACCCAGGCCGGCCUGCAGGUCGCUGGCGUCAACGAGAAGGGCGAGCACUGCCUCGACAUGACGGGCACCAAGAAGCACGUUGAGGCCGCCAUCAACAUGAUCUCCGUCGUCGUCAACAUGGCCGCGUGA